AAAAAGGCCCAGCUUAAUCACUGCUGCACCAUCGAUACCCGCAACCUUUACAGGAAAAAAGCCACUUCAAAAGUUAUCGCACAUGUUUACCGUUCCCGCUACAGCGAACCCAGCAACGAUCCUAAAUCUAUGCAGCUGCAGCAACUUCUUUUGGAAGAUCUCCGCAUCUCUGCUUCCAGUAUGAAAUGCCACAGGGCAAAGGGACAAGCUAUUGAUGAUACUGUCGGGAACGCGGAGGAUUCUUUUCUAAACCUUGAGUCCUAUUUUGAGCGUCUCAAAGCUACCAAUCCCGGUACUGUUACUGCUAUAGAUACUGAGCAGGAUAUUGAAGGUAACACACGCUUCCUCUCUUUUGCUGCAUCUAUUCAGGGGUUCCGCUGUCUACGCCAUGUCCUCAUUAUUGAUGGGACUCAUCUAUCCGGCAAAUACAAGGGGGUACUACUCACUGCUAGAGGUCAAGACGCAAAUUUUCAAGUGUUCCCUUUGGCUUUCGCGGUUGUUGAUGGUGAGACCGAGCACGCAUGGACCUGGUUUCUUUCUAAGGUUGAAAGGAUAAUUGCUGACUCUACUGCUCUCUCCAUUAUCUCUGACCGCCAUUCGUCCAUUCUAAAAGCCCUGCGAGAAGUCUUCCCCAUGUCCCAUCACGGAGCUUGCAUUGUCCAUUUGAUGCGGAAUGUUGUGUCACGAUACAAGAACAAAGGCUUAGCAAAGAUGGUUUGUGAGGCUGCAUUCUCUUACCGCCGCAAAGAUUUCGAUCUCUGUUUUGGGAAGAUCAGGCAAGCCAAUGCAGCCUGCGCCACUUACCUUGAAGGCAUUGGUACGUCCAAAUGGUCUAGGACUUACUUCCCCGGCAAUCGUUACAACCUUCUCACCAGCAACAUUGCUGAGCAGCUCAACCAUGCUCUUACCAAGUCUAGGCCUUCACCUAUCAUCGAGUUGUUCAUGUUUAUUCAGCGAAUGUUAACUCGUUGGUUCUCUGCGAGAAGAACAAAAUCAGCUAAAUGCCACGGUUUUGUCACACCGGAGGUCGAGAAGGUGAUGCAGACACAUAUUAGGCUCACAAAAGGCAGCAAAAUUGCAAACAUCACCGAUUGGAGCUAUCAAGUUAGGGGGCUGUUCGGUCAAGCAAACACUGUCUCUCAUGAAACAAAAGUCUGUACUUGCCAAGUGUUCCAGAAACUCAAAAUCCCUUGCGGCCAUGCUCUGUUAGCUGCGGACUACAUUGGACUCUCCUAUGCCCAACUGUUUGGAGAUUGCUACAAGACACAAUCAUGGAUCGACACCUAUGCAGGAGUCAUAUACCCUGAGGCCCCCUUGGGAGAUCACCCAGUAGCUGAUUCGAUCACAAUGCUCCCCCCCAGACUCGCCGACCAUCUGGACGCCCCAAAGAUAAGCGCGUUGCAUCAACAGGAGAGAUCCCAGUAAUCUUUCUUUCCUAUGCUUCCUAUUGCAUCAAUCCUUGCCUUUCACUCAUAUAAUACCCUUUCGCUUUGUCUUGCAGCCCCCAAAGAAGAAAAAACUUAUUCCUAACAAAUGUGGGCGAUGUGGCCGUACCGGUCACAACAGAACCAACUGCAUUAUUCCCAUCUGACUGGGGUGAAUCCUAUAUCCACCGGAAAUUACCUUUUGGAUAGCACAUUCACCCCCCAAGAGGAUCCUUUUUGUGGUUUUAGUUUUUGGGAUGCAAUAACAAUUGAACAUGUAUUGGUUGUUUUGCGUUCGCUACAACUUUCACUACUUCUUUUCUAGUCUGCGCAUUACUUAGUUCAUUUGAGGUCUACACCUCAACACGAUUUCAUGUCCAACUGGAUAUCUAUUAAAUGUGUACACCACCUGCAUCGCUUUACUAUUUAAAUUGCCUCAUAUUAAAAAUCUGCAUCGCUUUAAACUUACUCCACCUGUACAACCAAUGAAAAGCCAUAGCAACAAACCAUGUCCAUGCGUGCUCGGUCUCACCAUCAACGAACUUUGUAGAACUCAAUUAGAUUGCUAGUACAAAGGGCAUCAGUUUUACCUGCCUACACGUUAUCCACUUUGUUCAUCCAGGGACUAAACCUCUACUGGUUACCCUAUUAUCCAUGUGCACUUUCCUUAACUCAAUACAUGUCCACCUGGAUAUCUACUAGAUGUGUACACACGUACCAGUUACCCUACUAUCCAUCCGGAUAACCGGAAUUCUGCUAAAUGUCUAGCACUUGCCAUCUUCACUUGGCAUCUUCACCUGUCAAGACUUAAUCCACCUGUACAACCCAUGAAACGGCACAUUGGUAGACUCAAUUUGAUAUGUUGAUACAUCUUAGCCUGUCUAAACUUAAUCAAUCUGUACAACUUAAUUUGCUUGCUACUACAAACGACAUUGGUUUUAGUUUAGACACUUUAUCCACAUGUUCAAUCAAUGUCAAAGCACACCUGUACGACCACAUACACUUCCAAACAAAACCAACAGAAUAACCCAAAUCCAACAAAAUUAUAUAAAUCCAACAUUCAACAUAAUUAUAUAAAUCCAACACGUACUCUUACACGUCCAUAUCAUCCAACCAAUAACAACAAAAUAAAACCAACCAAGCUUUUCAGUUCAUCUCAUCACCUAUGUAAAAGAGGAACAACCCAGUCCUUGUACAGGUCCAUCGCAAACUGCUUCCUAAUCAGGUCCACUAGAUCAUCCGUCAAGCCAUCCAUCCUUGGGUGUGGGUUUCCUAAAACAUGGAGCUCCAUGAACUUUAUAGCAACAGACUCACAAUCACUACUCCGCCUAUUCUCGUAACUUCCCUCCCCCCCCAUUCUUUCCACUGCAAAAGGUUCAUAAUUGUACGUCCCUUCCGCUGGUGGUGGACAUACCUUCUCUACCAAAUACGGAAGCAUCUGUGCUACUGAAUCCAACAAACCACGCACUGCUCCCAUAUCCUUCAGUUUGGGGUUAGGAUCAAGCACCAGUACCCUCCAAUCAGUCAAACUAAUGCACAGCCCAACCCAAUGGUUCCCAUCCCAAAUCAUAGGAGUGUACAACGUGUCCCCAUCUCUUUCCUUCCUUUGUUAAGAAGGAUGACAGCCUGCCAUCACCAACCACCCUUCCUUUGUUGAACUUUGCAGCAUUGAAAGAACGCGCUUUCCCUUGCAGAUGGGCUAUAAACCAUGGCUUAAGGAAAAUGCAUCGCCUCUGUCUCAGCCUUUCGUCAUGUCUCACCCCCACGUAAUCUAUCAAUGCUUCCAUAUGCUGCAGCAAAUCAACAAAAUCAUAUUUGCCAAACAUUUCACAUAAACAAAAGCUACAAUGAUUUUAUACCUCUGUUGACACCCAUUUCCGAGGAGCCGCCAA